AACAAUUAUCGAUUGAUUGUGGAAGGCCAUGUUUUCUAUCUCCAGAAGGUGUCUCUCUGCAGCCGGAACUUUCUUGUGURGAAAUAUUCGAACAUCAGCAAUCACAGCCAUGCCAAUUAAGGUUGGAGAUGCUAUCCCACAAGUGGAGGUAAUGGAGGGGACRCCAAAAGAUACGGUUGAUGUUUCAAAGUUAUUUGAAGGGAAAAAAGGAGUUUUGUUUGCAGUACCUGGUGCAUUYACUCCUGGCUGCUCAAAGACACAUCUUCCUGGAUAUGUUGGAGAUUACAGCAAACUAGUGGAAAAAGGUGUUGAAGUUAUUGCUUGUAUCUCAGUGAAUGACCCGUUUGUGAUGGCAGCCUGGGGAGAGGCCAAUGGAGCCUCUGGAAAGAUCCGCAUGCUUGCAGACACCCAUGGAGCUUUUACAAAGGCUGUAGACAUGGAACUAGAUGCAACACCAUUCUUAGGAAAUGUCCGUUCUAAAAGGUAUUCCUUGGUGAUAGAGAAUGGGAAGGUCACACACAUUAACUCUGAACCUGAUGGGACAGGUUUGACUUGCAGCUUGUCAAAUCAAUUGUUAAGUCAACUUUGAACAUGAAUGCUAGUACAUAUAUAUAUAUAGGUUUUAUUCAAAUAAGCUGAAUAAACUGUCUACUUUAGGAUCAUUACACUU